AUGAAGAUCUACCUUGUCGUUCUUGGCCUGCUGCUUCUGCUUAAAAAUGAAGUUUCCCCGCUGACCUGCUUCACCUGUGAAAACCAGUCCAGCAACCUGCGGUGCCUCCGUUUCAGAGAGUGCAGCGAGGAAGAAGGGUUCUGCGUGACCGCCGUGGCCUCGUAUAAAUUUGGUGUGAUGACUGUCAAAAAGAGAAUCACCAAGAGAUGCUCAGCCUUUUGCCCAGAUCUUCAGAUGGUGUUGGGCUUUGCUUCAUUUGGGAGCUCUUGCUGCCAGCAAUCCUGGUGUAAUAUUUGGGGAUCUCUAGGGGAGAGGAAUGCCACUCAAUGA